CUGCACUCCGUUAUAACUCUUGCGCAACACUGUGGUUAUGGCCAGGCCCUCAGUGUGGAGGAGAUUCAAUAUUCUCUUUAUCACACUCAUGUGCAUGCUUGGUUGCCUUGCCUUUUGGAAAAUUGGCUCCACGGGACCCAGGCAUGCGGCGUCUGAUUUGAAAGUGCCACAGGAAUAUUCCGAUGACCUGCCUGCCUGUUCAGCAAUUAUCCAUGGGGACAUUGAAGGCAAGAAAGAGGAAUUUGACCAGCUUCUGGCAUCCAAGAGGAGACGAGCCUUAUCAAACGAGUUCUACCUCAACGCAACCGAGGACUGCGAGAUGUACAUCGACAAUAGGGGAUUCGUGAUGGCGCCCCUCAGCGCCGAGGAGAGAGACUUCCCCAUUGCGUACUCCAUGGUGAUCCACGACAAGAUUGAGAUGUUUGAGCGACUCCUGCGGGCCAUAUACAACCCACAGAACGUCUACUGCGUCCACGUGGACCGGAAGUCCCCCGAAGACUUUCUGAGGGCCGUGAAAGGAAUCGUUUCCUGUCUCCCCAACGUGUUUUUAGCCAGCAGACUGGAGAGCGUGGUUUAUGCCUCGUGGUCUCGAGUGCAGGCAGACCUGAACUGCAUGCAGGAUUUGCUGAAGUCCCCCGUCCAGUGGAGGUAUUUGCUCAACACGUGCGGCACGGAUUUCCCCAUCAAAACCAACGCCGAGACGGUCCGCGCGCUGAAGCAGCUCAACGGCAAGAACAGCAUGGAGUCCGAGGCCGCCGGCGCGGGCAAGACGGGCCGCUGGCGAUACCACUUCAACGUCACCGACACCGUCCGUCGAACCGGUGUGGAGAAAGGCCCCCCUCCCAUCGGCAGCCCCAUGUUCACAGGCAAUGCCUACUUCGUGGUGACAAGAGACUUCGUGAACCACGUGCUGGAGGACAGGACGACCCGGGAGUUCAUGGAGUGGGGGAAGGACACGUACAGCCCGGACGAGCACCUGUGGGCCACCCUGCAGCGGAUGAACGCCGUGCCCGGUUCGAAGCCCGCCAACGGCAAGUUCGACGCCUCGGACAUGAACGCCAUCGCUCGCCUGGUGAAGUGGAGUUACUCCGAGGGGGACGUGAACCGAGGGGCCCCGUACCCCCCGUGCGCCGGGCAGCACCGGAGAGCCGUGUGCGUCUACGGGGCCGGUGACCUCCAGUGGGUUUUCCAACAGCACCACCUCCUGGCAAACAAGUUCGACCCAGAGGUGGACGACGUCGCCAUCAGAUGCGUGGAGGCUUACCUUCGCUUCAGAGCAAUGAGCGGUCGGUCGCCGUCGGCAGAUAAUUACAGGAUGUAAUUUAUUAACGCCUCACGUUAGUGACGCACGCGCUUAAGAGGUUUGCGGCAGGUUGCUCCGUCUUCUGUGCAAAGCAAGUGACUUGUUCUGAUUUCCAUGAAAUCUUUUAAACGGGCGCCAUCUAGUGGCAUGAAUGAGUAGUUGCACCACUGCGUCAACAUUUAUUCUUCCCUGAUCAUUUCAAGCGGGUUAAUAAUAAUAAUGAUGAUGAUAAUAAUAAGAAGAAGCCCUACCACAUCAUAUCAAUAAAAAUAAAACUAUAUUAAACA